AUGAUGUGGGAAAAUCAUCACGAAUUCCGCGAUCAAGACAUCCUCCCUUUUGUCGGGAAACCGACGUUCCUAGACCAGGGAGCAUUUGGCGAGAUAUACAUGAUCAAUGUCCUAGCAUCACAACAAAAUCUUUUCCCGGUAACGGCUAACGACAACAAGGAUGGACACGUUCAAGUGGUCAAGAAAAUUAUCAAAUCCCAGAGUCAAGGCCAAGAUUGGCACCGUGAGAGAACAUGCCUCCGACUCCUGAACCAGCUUCAGCACCCGAAUAUCAUCCAGCUUUUAGGAUCUUACACACAUAAAGGAGAUCACAACUUCCUGUUUCCGUUCAUUGAUAUGAAUUUAAAGACUUUUUUUGCCAGCGAGCAAGCAUUCGGUGAUUUCGGAAAUAAAUUUGUCUUUUUCUCUGCCCUGCGAGGGCUGGCAUCAGCUCUUUCCAAGACUCACCAACUUCAUCUAGAUCAGGCCAACCAUGGCCUAAACCUGGAAGCGAUAGGCUACCAUCAUGAUCUUCGUCCCAAAAACAUUUUAGUCAGUAAGAGGACGUUCAUUCUAGCAGACUUUGGGUUUGGCCGCAUCAGAUCGCAGGCAGACUCGUCGAUCACGCCGGUCAAGUCGACGAGAGGCGAUUAUAUUGCCCCUGAGUGCACCGACGAGAAUGAGGUCGCCCAGGACGUUACUCGCGCCAUUGAUGUUUGGGCAUUCGGCUGCGUUCUGGCGGAUGUAAUAACUUACAUGAUGAAAGGGAAGCAGGGGGUCCAGGAUUUUAGUGAUCGGCGUCAGGCGCCAGGUCGCCUCAAGUCCUGGCAUGACAGUCUCUUCUACCAACCGGAUGGAGACUUGAAGGCCGUGGUUAGAAUUUGGUUGACUGGAAUAGCAGAGUCAGCAAGAAGCAGCCUGUAUCCUGUGUCAUCUCUUAUUGAACUCGCGUUCAUGAUUCUUCAAAAGAAUCCGGCUCAACGGCCAACGAUGACCAAUAUUUGCAUUUCACUGAGCUAUAUCAGUCUCAAGGCUCAUUUUGAAGCUAUUUUGAACGAACUAGAUAGCGUCAUGCACCUGAGCAGUUCCGACGCAAGGCUGGCGAGUGAAAACUUCUGGUUCAUGAAGAAUAGGUUCUGUGCAUUUGGCUACGUUUCGGCAAUUGAUCAGGAGAGCGUAAAGCUUCAAAUUCCUUCACUUGCGGAGGAUGGUCAUGAUGAGUCGAUCUCCACCAUGGUCUCGCUGUUUCACACACUUCGGGAAGUGCAGCAUAUGCUUAAGACACCGAUCUCAGAGACCAAUGACAAUUCCAAGUAUGAAUUACAAGGGUACGAGGCACAGAUUGGCCAGUGCAUAGAGCAACUCUGGGACCUCCUACCGACAAGCAAGAGAACACAAGCAAUUGAUGUCUGGCACCAAAAGAUUCUUGAUACCGAGCUUCCAAAAGACCUCGACACAAUCUAUCAAAAGAGAUUGAAAUCCCGCUAUAUGAUCUACGACAUUGCAGGUGCGAUGUGUAUGAUGAAAAAAUUUAGCUUAGCGGCCUUGCAUCCUGAGACCUUCGAGUCACGCCAUGAAACGCGGAUGAUCUUGGCAAAGGACAUAACUCAGAGACAUGAGGCCUGUGGCCACUUAGUAGGUCUUCAUCAAGGAAAAGAACAUGUUGUUGUUGAGAAGCUGGAGCCAAGCAAGGGGGGUCUCAAUCAAAAACAGGGGCAGGUCGUACUCGAUCUCAAAGCCAAAAGCCUCAGCUUCGCCCCUAAAACCGACGCAUUUGGUGCCCUUGACUGUAUCGGUUGCUUAGAUCGUAAAGGCACCGAUCUCGAAAACUACGGCCUCGUCUACCGCUUCCCGGCGUGGGCAGUUUCAGACCCAUCAACAUUGCUACAACUCUUAUUAUCCACGAAGCAUCAACCUCCAUUGGAGGAGAAGUUCAAGCUUGCUUUCGCACUCGCAAAUUUCCUAAAAGAGUUCCAUACGGUAGGCUGGCUGCACGAAAACUUCAAUGCGCAUAACGUUCUCCUCUUCAGCUCCGGGACCGCUUAUGAAUGGCAGAAGCCAUGCAUCGUCGGACUGCACAAGGCACGGCCGGACGGCAGCUUCUGGCAAACAGAUGGGCCUCGUGAUUCAAAUUUACAAGAUUACCAGCACCCUUCUUACAUCAAUACCAGGCGCUACCAGCUUAAAUUUGACUGCUAUAGCCUUAGCGUUGUUCUGCUAGAAAUCGGACUCUGGCGCGCGCUCAAAACUCUGCUCUCGGGAGAGAAAUUCCAGAGCAUGGGAGGGGAAGAGAUUCGUAAAUCACUGCUCAGCUUGUGCCGGAAUCAACUGCCCUCCAAGAUGGGCACCAAAUAUGCAAACCUAACACAACAAUGUAUGGAUGGGGGUCUAGAGGUCAAGAAUGAACAUUUAUCUGUCGGAGGCGAUGUUACGGGGAAGUCAGACAUUAGAAUGGCCGAGAUACGGCGAUUUGCUGAUGCUGUGGUUGAGCCGUUGAGAAAUUUGUCCCUUGCUCCUAUUUGA